AUGUCCUUGAUCCCGAAGCACUUCGGACUGAAAGCCAGAGAAGAAUCAUACCUAUUUAAAGAGCUCGAUAAGAUUCAACAGAAGACCAAGAAGGAUUUUCAAAUAUUGAAGCAGAAGCUGUUGGCCAGGCCAGCCUUAGGUGAGGACAGCUCUGCUCCGGUCCCCGCCCCUGCCCAAAGCCCGGAGAAGCGACGACGAGUUUGUUUGCGAGGACCUGGACCAUCCAAAAAGUCCCUUUCAGGUAAAGGCCUUGGGGGCCUCUGGCUGGAGACGUCCCGGGUCCUGCCUCGGCCCCCGGGCCUGGGCGAAGCACUCCCCCCUAAGAAGGCCCAGCAGUUUCAGCCCCACCAAUUUUACAUGCGGAGCUCCGCCUUCCUGCGACACAAACCACUGAAGAGGCCACCGAUCAUCGCCCCGCAGGUGGGCACGACCAAACCCGUGAUCCUACUGCCGCCCCCGGGAAAGCCAGGGACACGCUGGGCGGAGUCCAGGAGACCCUCCGCUCAAGAAUCCGGCGAGGACGCAGACCAGCUGUCGGAGGAGCGGCGGUCCAUGGACCAGGGGGCCUACAUCAGCAGCCUCGGGGAGGAGGAGGACUCCUCCAAGCAGCGGCGAACCGUGAGGAUUCUCACUCGCUUCACGCGCCAGCGCUCGGACAGCAGCUCGCUCGAUUCCGUCUCCAGGACGGGGCGCCUGGACAGUGGCGCCCUGGGCGAGGCGCAGGAGGCCCGGCGCACGUCCCGGAGCUCGUCCUUGCGCUCGUCCUUGCGCUCGCCCUUGCUCUGGUCCCCGUCCUUGCGAACGUUGCGGCGCUCGUCGACGCGCCAGUCCCAGCGCCCGUCCCUGCGCUUGUCCACGCACCCGUCCUGGCAGCCACAUCGAGUCAUCCCCACGUCCAUCGAGGAGAUCAUCAGCUCGCUGCAGUCCGAGAGCCAGUUGGCCUUCGACCAGACCAUCAAAGAGCUCAUUCAGAGCGUCCUGGGCCAGAACUACGACAUCAAAAUGGAAGUAAGUGGACCAGAGCCGCCGUGGGGGACCGCCCUGGGUCAAUGGCACGCAAAGGUUACCUUACAGAAGGUCACAUUAUACGCACACAUAGACGGUUCAGUUUCUGUAUACACAUUCUGUUGUGCCUACAAAUAUGUCCGUGACACGAUGUCAUACACAACACUCUGUAACUUACUGGAAGUUUGUGUUCGAAUUUUCCUUAGGGAGAGUGUGUCUCUUCUUUGCAAAGCGAAAGAAAUCGAGAGGUUAGACACCACAAGAAAUGCCUGGGAAACUCCCAAGAAGCAUCCACAGGCUGGCGAGCUGGAAUGCUCCCAGUGUUGUGAAUUUUCAGUUAUUUACCGAGUCCUGAAAUUGUCAGACCCUCUUGAAAAUGAACUUGCUUUAAUGGGCCUCAAAUCACCUCAGACAGAAGUAGAAUUGCCUCAGAAGGAAGCAAAGCCAGAGUCAGAGACAAGUGAUGAAGAAACAGAAAAGCUGGAGGUAGAGAUUAGGAGGAUCAAAGUUCGAGGACAGCACAGUAUGGGUGAUGAGCUUACCGAUGCGGUGUCAAGUAUUUUCCAGAUUGAACAGGAAGAUAUUUUAGAUUGGACAGCCGUGGACACAGAAAGCGCCGAAUUUAAAUCUCAAGCAGUAUCGAAAACUCAUCCAGAGGAAGAAUCAGGGAGACCAUUGGAAGAGAUACAUCCUACAGUAGAUGCAUCAGAAUUCUUGCAAAUCAAAGGAGAAGAAAUUAAACCAAUACGGAAAGUGAAAUUUGGAAUUCCAACACCAAGAAAGGCUUUAAAAUCCAGAUGGCGCCAUUACAGACGAACUAAAAAAAUGCUACCGGGCUUCAUCCCUCCUCACAUUCAUGAUCUUUGCAAGACCAUCCCGGCCCAGGAGCUGCCAGUUGAGCUGUACCUGGCUUCUCGUGUGCUCUACACUGCUGACAAGAUGAGUCACAGGAAUAUGCUCCGCACACUUGGGCCGUCUUUCUUAGGUGAUCGGUUUACAGAUGAGCAAAGAGAGAGAAUGCUGCGUGGAAUAUCUGCGAUGGAGGAAAAUGAAGAGGAUAUGGAUGUUUCUCCAGCAGCGCCAACAGAAUCCCCUGAACCUGAACAUAGACUUAGUUGGCAUGCUCAAAAACCACACCUGAGGCUCCUGGGAGAAGAAAGUGUUCGAACAUGUAAACUUUUAACUGAGGAUUUAGUAUCUGAAAGCAAGGAAAGUAUCACAAUAUUAGAAAUUGGUCACAAGGAAAGUAUUAAGAGAGCAAAAUCUUCUCCUGAUUUGUGGAAGGAGGUCACCCAAUUGUUGGACAUAAAAGAUGACACACAAAGCAAUAUGAAAGAGUUGAGACUCCAGAAAGCCAAGGCGUAUGAGGCUCGUCUUUCUCAGGAAGAGCCAUCAGAGGUCUCUGUGAAAAAAAGUAUAAGUGACAUCUUAGAUAACUUGGAGGAAAAUAAAAAAACUUCUUUCGCUCUCAUUGAAGCAUCAAAGAAAGCUGGCAUUAAUUACAUUGUGUAUCCCAGAAAAAAGAAGGUGAAAUGGAAGAAAAAACUGAAAUUCUCCAAACUUAACUUUGUGUAUGAACAGCUAGUCAAGCCUCCACAAAAGCUUGAAAGAUCAUUGUCUCAUGGAAUACUUCCUGGGCAGAAGAAAUUUUUGCUCAGAGUUCCAGUAUAUGAACGUCCAAUCCGAUGUCCCAGCUUACCGUGUUUAUAUUUCAAUGAAUACCUUGCAACAAAGGGAGGACUGAGAAAACUCCAGGAUUCUCCGACGUGGGUUACUAAUAUAUUGAGGGAAGCGCAGCGACCGGAAGCACGCCCAACUGCUGGGAGAGCAGAGAUCCACAAAGUCCUGCCUGAAAAAGUGGCAGAUGCACAAAAAAUAGAACUACGUGAUACUUUGGCAUGUGAUCUUCCACCAGAAGUCAUUAAAUAUUACAAAGCUGAAGUGGCAGCCUUGACUGAAGAAAUACAGAAGAAUAAAACACACCUUGCGUUUGCCUAUUGUAGGCGUGGAGCAAUUUAUAGGAAACUGGGCAAGUUGCUUAGCGCCAUGAAUGACCUGCAAGAAUGUAUUGCUUGUGAUCCUAAAAGAACCGAUGCGUUAUUGAAACGGGGGCUGUUUCACUUUGAAAAUGAGAACUGGACAUCAGCUAUACAGGAUUUUACAUCUUUGUUAAAUAUAAAUCACCUCAAUGCACAAGCAAGGACAUACCGGGGGAGAGCAUAUUUUAAAAGGCAGCUUUAUAGACUAGCAGCCCAAGACUUAUCUGCUGCUAUCCACUUAGAUCCCAAUAAUUGGUUAGCAUUUUAUUAUCGAGCUUGCUUGUUUAGAACGACUAAUAUUUCCAGAGCCCUGCAGGACUACAGCAUUUCAGUUCUCUUAAAUGAUGGCUAUGAGAAUCUUGGAUGUUAUCUACAUCGGGGCAUACUGUAUUCACAUUUGAAACUUUGGAAUUUGGCAAUUUGUGACUUUGAAGCUGUUAUUUCUCUAGAAAGAGCUAUUACUUUGCCUUAUAUAAACAUUGGCCUCAUACAUCUGCUUCACCUGGACAACUACACUCAAGCCAUUUGGAAGUUUUCCGAAGCUAUUAAGAUUGAUUCUUUGAAUAUUCAAAGCUAUCUUUGUAGAGCAGAAGCCUAUCAUAAGUUACAUAACCUGAGUAAGGCAGUAAGGGAGGUAUCUCGUGUUAUUCACCUUCAGCCAGAUGGAAUCCAGUUCUACAUAAUAAGGUAUGAGAGUAGGCAUCGGAUUGUUUGGGGGAUAACAGCAUCUGCAUAA